CUUCUGGUUUCUAGUAAUCGAUGCAGGUCGUCGGAAGCGGGUGUUUGUCUGUUUGUGUGUAAAACACACAGAAGAAGAAGCCAAAGGAAAAACUCAAGCAGGGAUUAUUUUUUAUAAAGUCACAACAUCUAAGCUAAGCAGCUAACAGAAAUGGGUUCUAUUCGAAAGAAGCUGGUGAUUGUUGGGGAUGGAGCUUGUGGGAAAACAUGUCUUCUCAUUGUCUUCAGUAAAGACCAGUUUCCUGAGGUCUACGUCCCAACAGUGUUUGAGAACUACAUCGCCGAUAUUGAGGUUGAUGGAAAACAGGUGGAGCUGGCGUUGUGGGAUACUGCAGGUCAAGAGGACUAUGACAGAUUGAGACCCCUCUCCUACCCCGACACAGAUGUCAUCCUUAUGUGCUUUUCCGUAGACAGCCCAGACAGCUUAGCAAAUAUUCCUGAAAAAUGGACGCCUGAGGUGAAACACUUCUGUCCCAAUGUUCCCAUCAUCCUUGUAGGGAAUAAGAAGGACCUGAGGAAUGAUGAGCACACACGGAGAGAGCUGGCCAAGAUGAAGCAGGAGCCAGUGAGGUCAGAGGAAGGAAGAGACAUGUCCGGCAGGAUCAGUGCUUUUGGCUACCUGGAGUGCUCUGCCAAGACGAAGGACGGUGUGCGAGAAGUGUUUGAGAUGGCUACUAGAGCAGCCCUGCAGGUUCGCAAGUCCAAGUCAGGAAAAGGCUGCAGGUUGCUGUGAGCUGUUCGGAUCCCAACAAUUUAAAACUAACACAUAAAAAGGACUGACUGGUUACCGAAUGGUUCUUUGCACUGCAUCUUACAAUUUUAACAAAUACACAAGUAAAGGACUUGUCUAUUAUUACGAUAUUUAAAAGCCCCCCGCCGCCACCCUCUUUUUGUCUCUACACAUUGUUUUCCAACUUGUUUUUCUUUUGAUUUGUAAUAAAACGGGGCUGUGGUUGGAGUGCGUACGACGCCAUACUGUUGUCACAAGGUUAAACCCUGCAUCCUUCUUUCGUCUUUAUGAUUAUUUUGUGUAAACAGUUCAGCGUCGUUUCAAACUUUCGGUGAUGGUCUUAGAAAGAGAAAAUCAAAUUUGGCCACAAAUUGUUUUUAUGCCAACAGCAUGCAGCUACAAUAUUAGCUGACGAUCUCGUCAGUGCCAUUUUGAGCAAAUAACUUUAAUGCCACUGACAACGUGCUUGUUGGUAACUUUUACAGACAGCCUGACAAUUCUUUCUGCAUUUUUACUUUACUCUUUUAGGAUAGAAACAGUCAGCUACUUUCUGUUAUGACGUAAAUGAUCAACAGCUUCCAUUGUACAUCAAAAGACUCACAUCCACCUCAAUAUUAUUAAUCUGUGCAGCAGAUGUAUACCAGAGGUUGGUAUACGGCCAUUUAAAAUGCAAGUCCAGAAACAUCCCUACACGACAGCAGUCAGGAUCAAUGGGGAAAUGAUUGUGCUGAAAAAGGAUCACAUGACUGAGGUUAAAUCUGCUACUGUUCAGCUGUUGAAGCGUUUGACCAAUUAGCAUGAACAUAAUGGGCUGUCAGUGCGUCGCAGGUUUCCAGUAAGAUGAGAUUCUUUAAAUGUCAGAAGCUGCGAUUGUUUUUCCUUUUGGCAACUUUUGCUUGUUCCCUCCCAGACCAGACCGACUGGGUGCUUUGUGGAGACUCAAUACUGUUGAAGUAAAAAGUAAACUUUUGACCUGCUCAACA